CAUUCUGACCUGGUAAGUCGCCAGUGUCGGGUCGUGAUCUCCCGCGAGUAAGCGUUUCGUCCCCGAAGACAUUUAAAAAGAAAAAGGAAACGCCAUAUAUAUGUGUAUUAUAUAUAUAUAUAUUUAUAUAUAUAUAUAUACAUACACACACACAUAUCCCAAGAGAGCACUCGCCGAAAAUUCCGUCAAGUCCUAACUCGAAUCAAGAUCCGACCAAUUAUUUAUUAGACCCCCUGCCUAACUUAUUGCUAGCUUCUAACACACACAAAGAGACACACAGAUAAACGAUACGCAAAGAAACACAUAUCGCGAAAAAAAGAGGACAUUUUUUAAGAAUAAUUUAAACAAUUGUACGGGACUUGAGGGAAACAAGAUACAAUAAUCAAUUGGAAGAUUUAUCAGCAACGGAACGUACAGUGGUAUCAGUGUCAAUGUUCAGUAUUAUUGUGAAGUCAGUCCGUGAACAAGUGUUCCGAGUGCUUGUGAAUAAGUAAUAAUCACUAAAAUACAAGAAGUGAAAUCCGCUCGUAACAACAGCAAGCCCUUUAAUCGAGCGUCCGCGCCACGUGGACUACUGGAGGAGUCCCUUUUCAAGUCACAGAGAAGGACAUCGUAUAUAAAUAUCUAUAUAUAUAUCUAGAUAUAUAUAGAUAUAUAUAUAUAUACAGAUAUAUACAUAUAUACAUAUAUACAUACAAUAUAAAGGCCUACAGAGCCUUUCAGUCGACAUGGAUCUUCUCUGCUGCGAAAGUACCGAAACCGAAUGUCGUGCCUAUGCCGACCAAGCACUUCUCGGAGACGAUCGCGUACUUCAAAAUCUUCUCAAGACGGAGGAACGUUACGCACCAAGCAGCUCAUACUUUGAAUGCGUGCAGAGGGACAUUUCGCCGCUCAUGCGCAAAAUAGUUGCAGAAUGGAUGUUGGAGGUGUGCGAGGAACAGAAAUGCCAGGAAGAGGUAUUCCCAUUGUCGAUGAACUACGUGGACAGAUUCCUGUCUAUUUGUCCGAUAAGAAAGUCCCAGCUACAGCUACUCGGUACAGCCUGCUUACUUCUGGCAUCGAAAUUACGCGAACCGAGUCCACUGUCGGCCGAGGUCCUCGUCUUCUACACAGACAACUCCAUCACGCUGGACGAUCUUUGGAGGUGGGAGCAGCUGGUCGUCUCGAAGCUUAAGUGGGAAUUGUCGGCUGUCACACCAGGUGAUUUCCUUCUGCACAUCCUGAGGCGUCUGCCGGUGGAUCCUCGUGCUUUGGAUUUCCUCAUGGUACGGAGACACGCACAGACCUUCAUCGCUCUCAGUGCCAGAGAAUACAAAUUUUCCAUGUACACACCGAGCAUGAUCGCGGCGGCGAGCGUCGCGGCGGCUUUACACGGUCUGGAUUGGACGGGAAAGAGCGGAUACGGAUUAGCCGGUCUUCUCGACGAGUUGACUCGCAUCACGGCCAUCGAGCAGGAUUACCUACAAGGCUGUCUGGAGCAGAUCGAAGAGAUGGUCGCGCAAGCUCGCGGCAGCGGCCACCAGGUGGCUACGGCGGGUUCCGCCAGUGCACCGCAGAGGCCGCUGGGGGACCAGAACACGAGCCAGGAGAAAAUUCUGGAACACGAGAAGGCGGGGACGCCGACCGACGUGAGGGAUGUCCACUUCUGAGCGCCACGACAUCAGGCUGUAAUAAUGACGCCGAGAACGGGAAAACGGAUGUCCCGCCGACGACCAAGGACUAGACGUCUCUAAGAUCAAGGAGGACGCCUGGACUAGUCCAUCGUGGGAGGUUAUUGUAAACGUGAAUGCAACGCGACGCCUCGAGAGUAAAUAGAAAACGAAAAAAAAUUAAAAAUUCAUUAUUAAUAACAGCAAGAACAGCAACAACAACAAUGAAGAAAAAAAGAAUUACGAAGAUGUGUGCCGAGUUUACGGGAGAGAAGUGUCAGAUUUUCCACUUUCUGCCUCGUCACGGGAUUAAACUUCUGCGGCUCGUGCUUUCGGCCAGGAGUCCUUGCCGUUCGUACGCGUUGGUUAUCAAUAACAAAUUAGAGGUUGGUCCUCUGGCCAGAAAUUACAGUUGCAGGAGUGUCGCGCAUGCGCACGGAUCCACUUUUGUGGUCACGACCGUGACCCGGACCCACCCGGAUCGUAGAUCGGCACGUGAAGUCGAGGGAGGCGUGCUGGGGGAAGGCAAUGCAAUACGCUUUUGAACGCAUUACGAUUAUAUAAUUAAGAUAAGGGAACUUAACUUUUAGCCGAAACAAAAAAAAAACGUAGGUCGUUGUCUACGCUACUACUAUUACUGUAACUAUACUACUAUCACCACUAUCACAACCGCUACUACUAUAACUACUCAAACACUAUUGCUUACUAUUUCUGCUGUUACACUACGGUUACACACUACUAUUACUACUACUGCUAUCACCGUCACUGCCACCGCGUUACACAGUCAUUCUACACCGCACGACAUAUACAAUGCAUAACACUGCACUCACUACUGUUACUAUGAUUUUUUUCUUCUUAUUUUUUUAUUUUUUCCUUUUCGCCCCUCGAAAAUGGGAGAACUAGAGCCCCGGAGGUUAACACAGGCUCCGCGCUAAACACAAAUAAAAAAAAAUGCAUAUAGUCAUAUCGAGUCAUUUAGCGUUUUGUAAAUAUGGAAUGAAUGCGUGUAACGAAGAGAGGGGGGAAGAGAAGAGAAUGCGUGUAUGAGUAGAUAUGGGGGAAAAUGUAAGAAAAAUUGAGCGAAAGAGUAAAAAAAGUUUGAAAGCGAUAAGGGUAGGGGCGUAUGCUGUUACGUGGAAGCAACGAAUGGGUAGUUAUAUAUAUAUAUAUAUAUAUAUAUAUAUAUAUAUAUAUAUUAUAUUAUAUUAUAUAUGUCGCGUAUUAACUGCUAAUCAUUUACCUGUACGAGCAAAGGAUUUACGUUUUUUUUUUUCAUUUUUAAUUUGUGGGUCGGCAGCCAAUGCGCUUCUUCUAUUCCAGUUCGGUUCCUAGAGCGUCAGCCAGUGCCCAUAUGUAAUAAGUAAUAUUUUGUGUUUUCAUUUCGACAGUUUUUCCUUUUCCCCUUUUGAUUUUUUUUUUAAUGACAACGCGUUAUACUUGGUUUUCAAUAUUUCGGAAGGGACACGCGAGAGUUCGGAUAGUUUUAUUUUAUUUUUUUUUCUUUCAUCCGAGCACAAAAAAGCAAAAAAGCCUGAAGGCGCAAAAGUGCGUGAGUGAGAUGCCUUCUGUAAAGAAUGGUGCAAAGAGUGAAAUUCGGUGCGAGAGAGAUAGAGAGAACGGGAACGAGAGUGUGGUUUCGUAUGUGUGUAUACAAAAUUGGAUUUUGUUUUGAUAUCGUGUACAUAAUCAACAAGAAAAAAAAACACAAUAGUCUAGUAAGAUCGUGGGUAAGAAUUAUUUCGUUAGGUUUUUCGCGGUCACCCGCGUGCUAUGGGUAACCGCGAGGAUUGUGUAAAAUAGGCCGAUCGUGCGACAAAUUAUAGCGAGAAGACUGUGCCUGAUAAGAAACAAAAAAAGAUAUGAAGACAAGAAAGGAGGAAAAUCAGUAAAAACGAGAGCGAAGGUACCUUGAAAGCUGGCAGUACUUAAUUAGGGAGACUCGAGAGGGAACGAUAUAGCGACACGCCCACUUUUUCUGUUAGAAAAACGAGACCACGCCCCAUUUCCCGUUUAAACAUUCAUUAUACGCUCGAUGCCCCACCCACAAGUUUACUCAAUCUUACAAGCACCUCCCACUGUACUGUUAAGCCACGCCCUAAAUAUUUUCAGGCAUCAUAUAAUUCUGGUACUUCGAUUCAGGCAAUAAUUUAGCCCGAACUUUCCUUUUUUUGCAUGUCUCUCGCUCGAGUCUCUCUAUACUUAAAUGAGCCCAGUGCCACAAGCAAACUAGUUAGUUCAUACUGUCAUAACCAAAUGUAGUACAACCUAGAGAAAGAAAGCGAGUAUAAUAUAAUAGUUAAAGAGAAUCGCGCGGGUAACGAAUAAGAAUGGCGAUUGUGUAAGCGACGGGAUACACAAGGGGAGAAAACGAACACGUGAAAAAAUAAAAAAAAUGUGAAAAAAAAGUAGAGCGAGGAAAAUAGACGAGCGAAAGAGUAUGAAGCAUUUUUAACAUAGCGUUAUACCGUAUGACUAUGUAUAUCAUGGGAUGGUUCACGGAAAGUCCUACGGAGCGCGGGAAACAUAAGAAAGUUUGAAAUUGUCAAUCUAUCACGUGACCAUCCCGUGUAAGCACUGAAUAGCAUUUAGAUCCAUAGGCCAUGAUGACCGCGAAGAACCUAAGCCAAGCUCGACGUCGUAUAAUAAUUUUGGGGUAAAAAGCCGUGAAAAUGGGUAGCCGUUUUAUUAAUAGAAACCCAUUAUUUUCUUUUUGUACAUUUUUAGUAAUCUAUCUUAAACCUUUAAUCGCCUGUCUUGUCGCUCCUUUUUUUUUCUCGAUGACGUUGUCGACCCUGGUUUUUUGUUUUCAUGGUUCAAGAUUCCACGUAUGAAUGAAGUAUCAUUUAAGGAUAUGGAAGAGAUCUUUAAUGCGUCGAUUUUUUUUUUUUUUAAAUGCGGCGCCUUAUAUAAAGAAAGGAACGUUACGUCAGUAUGUCGUGUCGCUAGAUAAUUUUGCUGUCGUUCUUCACAGCAUGGACCACUCUAUACAUAUUAUAAAUACAUUAAUAACAAUAUACCCACGAAUGUACAUCUAUCACGUAACGGAGAGUCCAUUACUGCCAGAUACUUUGUAUAAUAGCAAAUGUGCGUAACGAAUGUGUAUUUUGAUGCCUGCAUUUAGAGACGACGUAAUUACUCAGAUUCGCUGUGGCGCCUUACCGUACCUUGA